GUGACUUACGCAAUGUACGCGAGGAUCAAGUCACGCUUCUUCCACAAGAGCGAAGCAGCCUGCGCACUUUGAACACCAGCCUCUGCGGUGGUAUCGACUUUGUUCAGCUCUUCAUCUGAGUCUCGGCUCCUGGCAGAUUCCCUCGGGCUGCCAACCUUCUCGUCAGGGCGGGCAGCAUCCAUGCUGGUAUGGCCCUGGUAGGAAGCGGGCACGUCAGCAAUAUCUUUCUCAUUGGCAUUGGUGUUGGCGGUGUUGCCAGAGACCAAUGCACUGGUAGUCAAUCCCUUGAAGGUGAAACCCAUCUUGGUGACAGGUAUAAAAGUACACCAAAAGAGAGGCCGUGAUGGAGAUGAGAUGAGGAGAUUGAUAAGACAAGGUACCGAGCGAGCCUCAGGUUCAUAUAAAGAAAACGCUGAUCCACGCAGUUCCACCGCAGGACCUUUCCGAGACGCGCCCGGUUACCGGCUCCUCGUCGCUGGGUGGGGAAUUCCGUUCACGUUCAUCAUGAACAGGGAAAUAGUGGUGAAUAUCACGCGCUCGUCCCCGGCUAGCAUCAUGCAACAAAGCUUGACUUUCCUGAAUGCAGUUGGUUCCCCGGAAUUAAGCCUUUCCAAGCACGGCCCAGACAGCCUCCAAAAUCUUAUCUCGAUAAUCAGCCGGCAUCUCGGACCAAUAGGAGCCAACGGUGGCGUGACGCGUGGGUUAUCAGAUGAAAAUUUUCGAUCUAAUCAUUAUCUGAUCAAAACCCGCAAGCCACGACGCCUACCUGUACCACUCCACUGCCUGCCCUCUGCUCCGUCAUGCCUUCGUAAAGCGGGGGUACCGAGGGAGAUGAUGGAUUCUAGUCCGCGACUACGGACCUGCCGAUGGUGCUCCCAAUACUCGAUAGCCGCCGGACAUGCGGUGGAGCUUGCUCGGGGUUUCUGCAGAAUUUGCUCCAUUGCUCGUACCGUGGUGGCGGCCUCAUAGAUAGGGAAGAGACGAUGUGGAUAGAAGAAGCGGGAAAAGGGUUACAAAUGGGUCGAAUGGGUUUCGAGAAGCUUUUCUCUGCAGGCAUACCGUUCCUGCCAUCGUCGGUGUCCAAUCACAUCUCAUCUACGCUGCUGCUAUGAACGGAAUCAAGGGUCUGG